AUGGCUCUGGCAGCACCACAACCGACGCCACAGCGUCCUCUGCCAGGCGCCUUCUUCAACACUCCAGCCCCUGGUAGACCUGGCAGUUCAGGGCAGAUGGCGCAACAACCUUUCCGCUCCAAUGCUGCCGCUACUUUGGCUGGAUACCGCACUGGUCAGGUCGCUUCACGCGAUGCGCCCACUCAAAGACCUGCCACUGCUACUCAAGAUACCCUUGCGCCCAUCGAGCGCGCCGCUCGUACCGUCAAUGAAGCCCUUCAGAGCGAGGCUCAGUACCCAGCCCUCGACAACUACGUCGGUCAGGGCAUCUCGAACGAUUACGAUACUACCUUCAACAACGCCUGGCAACCCUUCCAGCGCACUCGCAGCUAUGAUAUCCCCGAGCAAAUCUUCGAACAGGCGAACAUGGCCCAAGUCUCGACACAUCUUGGUCUCUUCGCCGAGCUCAAUCACGCUUUCAUCGUUAUUGACUCGUCGCUAUACCUCUGGGACUACACACAUCCAAACCCCGAGCUCAUUGGCUUCGAGGACCAGACCAAUGCCAUCACGGCCGUCAAGCUGGUCAAGCCGCGCAAGGGCGUCUUCAUCGAGUCCAUCACACACUUGCUGGUUGUCGCAACCCACGCUGAGAUCCUACUCAUCGGUCUGGCAGCCGCUCGAUCUGCACACGGUGGCUGGGCUGUCCAGCUCUACUCGACCAACAUGAAAGUACCCGUCAAGGGCACUGCUAUCAGCUACAUCGAGUCGUCGGACAAGACUGGGCGCAUCUUUUUCGGCGGAAACCAGGCUACCGAUGUAUGGGAGCUCACUUACCAGCAAGAGGAACGAUGGUUCGCCAGCCGGUGUUCCAAGAUCAACCACACAAACUCGGGCAUCACAUCUGCCUUCCAGCUGUUGCCUUUUGGCGCUCGUUCAGAGCAGGAACACAUCAAGCAGAUGGUCGUUGAUGACUCGCGCGAUCUGCUCUACACGCUCUCGUCAUCUUCGACCAUUCGCGUCUACCACAUGAAGCCAAACAACGUCCUUGAUCUGGCCUUGUCACGUCCCUUCACCAGCCUCUUGGCCCAAAUUGCCCACAUGGUACCCAGCUCCGAUCUUCUUGCACGCAAUACCUCACUCGUCUCCAUCAGCCCAAUUUCGGCACAAGAGACCAACAGACUCAGUCUGCAGGCUCUGACCAGCACCGGCUGCCGUAUCUUCCUGAGUGCUACCUCGGGUGCCUUCUAUGGCAGUUCUUCUUCUUCCGCCCCGACCAGCAUGCAGGUCCACCACAUCAAAUUCCCUCCAAAAGAUGGCGAAACUGCUGCUCCUCAGCCUCAGCAACCUCAGUCAACAUCCACUUCGCUCGGUCCUUAUGCUUCCAACCCUUCAACCUUGGAUACCAACACUCGCUUCCUCGCUAACACAAAGGCUGGCGUUAGAUAUGCCCCUGGUUACUCAUGUUGGGUCGUACCAAACCCACAAGAUCCCCACAGAGACUCCAUCUUCUUCACCGCUCCUGACUCUGGUCGCAUCAAAAUGCCUCGCGACGCCAGCCAUGCCACUCUGUUCCCCGAGAUUGGCAUGUUCCUCGAACUUCCUUACCCCUCCCAAGGUAUUGGUUUGGUCAGCCCACCUUUUGCCGCAGCCUCCACGCCUCUGGGUUUCGCCAAUGAACUCGCGGUUCAAUUCGAUCAAUCUCCUACUGAAAUCGCUGUUCUUACUAGUACUGGUGUGCAAAUUAUGCGUCGUCGCAGACUGGUCGACAUCUUUGCCUCUCUUGCUCGUUACGGCGGUGAUGCCGAAGGCCGUGAUGGCCAGGUGAAAAAAUUCAUCCGCAACUAUGGUCGCACUGAGACUGCUGCUACCGCCCUCGCUGUUGCUUGUGGCGAAGCUUCCGAUGGCAACGCCGAUGCUCGCAUCACCAACAUUACAGAACCAGACAUUGUUGAUUUCGCAAGAGAAGCCUUCAUCACUCAAGGAGGCAAGCCCAUGCUCAACGAAAAUUCUGUCUUGGAUAACAACACUCCCGCAAUUGACAAUGUCCGCCCCUCUCCUAGACAUGACGGCAUGGCACUAUACAUUACUCGCCUGGUGCGAUCUAUCUGGAGGGCUCCAGUGCUGACACAAACGACCACACCUGUUGGUGGACUCGUAGUCACAUCGACUGUAGCACUGACCAAGCUGCAAAAUAUUCAACGAGCCCUCAACUCGUUGCAAGAGUUCUUGAACAAGAACAAAAGCUCCAUCGAAGGUCUGUCUGGACCUGAAUCAUUGGGACGCGUUGCCAACAAACAAGACGAACUGUCUUUGCAAGGUGAACAUCGCGCCAUGAAUGCCCUCAUUCAACUCAUCUCGAGCAUUAUUGAAGGCAUUGCCUUUGUGCUUGUUCUUUUUGACGAAAAGGUCGAUGAAAUCAUCCUAUCUCUCCCCGAAGGUUCUCGCGAGCGUGCCAGACAGCUCACAUAUGAGGGUCUUUUCUGCUCACCUGACGGCAGAAACCUGGCCAAAGAGCUUGUCAAGGCUAUUGUGAACCGUAACAUCACUAAUGGGUCUAAUGUUGACACAGUAGCUGAAGCCUUGAGAAGACGCUGUGGCAGCUUCUGCAGCGCUGAUGAUGUUGUCAUCUUCAAGGCUCAAGAGCAAGUCAAGAGAGCAUCCGAAGCUGGACCCACAUCUGAAGCAAGUCGUAGAUUGCUGAACGAGAGUUUGCGACUCUUCCAAAAGGUGGCUGGCUCGCUCUCUAUGGAGCAUCUCGAGUGGGCUGUCUCGCAAUACAUUCCUAUGUCCUUCUAUGCUGGUGCCAUCCAGCUCGCUCUUACCGUCGCACACGAGUCUGAUCGUGCAAACCGUGCCCUCUCUUGGCUAAGGGAUGACUGCCCUGAAGAUGACCCACGACAGACGGCGUUCGAAGGCAGAAAGCAAUGCUACGAUUUAAUUCACCAAGUCAUUGUGUCUCUCGAGCAAACAGCUGAGGCAAACCCCGAUGGUGCCUUUUCCGUCACUGCCAAGAGACAAUCUGAGGCGUAUGAAAUCAUCAACAACUCGGAAGAUGAAGUUUUCCAGAACAACUUGUAUGAUUGGUACAUGGGCCAAGGCUGGAAUGACAGACUUCUGGAACUCAGCUCGCCAUAUGUUAUCAGCUACCUACGCAGACGCAUGGACAAGAAUCCCGACCAUGCAGACCUGCUCUGGCGUUACUACGCCCACCACAACAACUUCCUCGAAGCUGCUUCAGUACAACUACUGCUUGCUAAGAGUGGCUUUGACCUCAAUCUCGAGCAACGCAUUGGUUACCUCAGCCGUGCAAGAACCAAUGCCUCGAUUCGCACCGUUUCCUUGCUUGAUGCCGCACAAGGUAGACAACAACUGCUCCGCGAAAUCACCGAUCUCCUCGAAGUGGGCAACAUUCAGGACGACAUCCUGCAACUUAUGAAGUCAGAUUCACGUCUGACAGAGCAACGUCGACCUCAAGUGUUGAAGGCACUCGAUGGCCAGAUCCUAGAGGUCGCCGAGUUGUUCAAUCAGUAUGCCGACCAAGCAGGUUACUACGAUAUCUGCAUUCUCAUCUACCACUGCGCCGACCACCGCAACCCUGCAGACAUUCAGUCGACCUGGCAACUGCUCAUCGAGCAAGUGCACCAGGAAGCAGAGAACAGCGACCAGAUGCAACCAUUCGAGGCAGUAGCGCUGAAGGUGCGCUCGCUCGGCCAACGCUUACAUGCCGCAGAGGCUACCUUCCCCAUCCCCAUCUUGCUGCCAAUGCUCCUCCGCUAUGCCCUUGAGUUCCAGAACAACGCUGCUUCACCAAUGUGGGUUAUGGAUACCUUCCUCGAGCUCGAUAUCCGUCCCUCAGUGCUGGUACCCGUUGUUGAACAAAUGUACUACACCAACGAGCAACCUUUCGUUGGCAGACACCGUCGCAUCCUUGCCGCUGACCUCAUCUACCUAAUCCAAGCCUGGCUACGUGAAAGCGAACGCCACGGCGACAGCGUCCUCUUCGGUAGCGACGACAGUGCCGCUGGUAUCGACGAACUCCUUACCAGUCUUGCUGGAAGCCAAGACCUGGAUGCGGCAAACCAACAAGCUGUUGACAUUCUGAGAGGCAGAAUCGCUCAGGCUAUGCGUUGA